CAUACAUUAACUCAGCAGAAGAAAGAGGGUGUUUCUGCGUAGUUUCGACCAAUUAUUUUGUAUUUUCUGGCCCUUUUUGCUCAAAUUUAUCCAAAUAACCCAAGGAUAGGCUUAAGCCUUCAUUUGGAAGUUGUCAAGUGAAAGCAGUUUUUUGUUUAGUAAUAUCUGAUAGCCUCAUUUCGUAAUGGCUAGUCGCGGGGCCGGAGCUCAACGCCCAAAUGGAGCAACCCAAGGAAAAAUAUGUCAAUUUAAACUAGUGUUACUAGGAGAGUCAGCUGUUGGAAAAUCUAGUUUGGUGUUAAGAUUUGUGAAAGGACAAUUCCAUGAAUACCAAGAAUCAACUAUUGGAGCUGCAUUUUUAACACAGACAGUAUGUUUGGAUGACACGACAGUCAAAUUUGAAAUCUGGGAUACUGCAGGACAAGAAAGAUACCAUAGUUUAGCUCCCAUGUAUUAUAGAGGAGCUCAAGCUGCUAUUGUUGUUUAUGAUAUUACCAAUCAGGACACAUUUGGUCGAGCCAAGACUUGGGUGAAAGAAUUACAGAGACAAGCCAGUCCCAAUAUAGUGAUAGCUCUAGCUGGAAACAAGGCUGAUUUAGCUAACAAAAGAAUGGUAGAAUUCGAGGAAGCUCAAGCCUAUGCUGAAGAAAACAGUUUACUUUUUAUGGAAACCUCUGCAAAAACUGCGAUGAAUGUAAAUGAUAUCUUUUUGGCAAUAGCCAAGAAAUUACCGAAAAACGAGGCUGGAGGUGGAGCAGCUCAACAAAGACAAGCUGGUGUGCGACUAAACAAUGACUCAAAUCAACAAUCAGAAGGAGGAAGCUGUUGUAGCAAGUAACAAGGCCUGUCAUUGGUGCAUAUUGUCAUGUGAUCAGACAUUUGUCCAAUCAGAGACCUUUUCACAAAAACUUGUGUGUGAUGUACUGUUCUUGGGUGUAUGAAUUCACGGCUACUAUUGAAAUGUGACAAUUUUUAUCGUCAACAAGUGAUAGAAAUUCUCGACAAGGUGGACUCACAACUUUAACCUUUAUAAGAUUUUCUGCAGAAUCACCAUAAUCAAUCAACACUUCUGUCAAAUUUUGUCAGCUUUUAAAAUUUGUGAGUUAGAAAUGCACUUAGGUAUUUGACUUGAUAAGAUACAAUUUUACUGGUUGAUCAGAAUAUAUUCUUAUUUUCGAUUGGUCGAAAUCUAUCUUUUUUGAUUGGUCAAAGUUUAUUCCUUUGAUAGGUCAAAUUAUAUUCUGAAUUUUGAUUGGUUAUGAUUUUUUUUUAUUUUGAUUGACAGGAAUAUAUUUGGGUACAGAUGAAACAAAAGGGUGGGGUGGGGAUGUUAAUAUUAAUUUUUACUAAAUGCUUGUACAUUGUAAAUUAAGUAUGCAACAAAUUGUUAUUUUUUUUUUUUUUUUCUUUUUCAUUAUUACCCUCCAUUUUGCUUACAUAUUUGUCAUGGAAUAAAUGAGGUUUGCAUCAGGAUAUGGAAUGAGGCAGUCCAUUUGCUGAUAUGGGAUAUCAAUAUUUGGUUUACAAGCUGAUAACAGUACAGUUACUUGUGUCUCUUUUUAUAAUGAAAAUCUGACAUGCUAUUCUUCUACUAUUUAAUGAAACAAAUCAGCAGAUGUGAUAAGUUUGGUUUGGUUUAAAAACCAAUUUUGAAUUGGGUUUUGGAGACGGUAAAAACACAUAAUAGAGAGAACUUAAAUUAUAUUUCCUCUCAAAUUAACUGUAGGCUAAACAACUGUUAGCUAGCUUGAUAUAUUUUGUUUUGGUUAUGUUUCUGUUUAACAGAUUGGUCAAAAUUCAGUCAAAGUUUUGCUUUUGUUUAUUGUUUAAAUGUUAAGUAAAAGCUUUGUUUAUAGGGUUAUUUUUUUGUUUGUUGAAUAAUCUAGAUAUUGAAAUAUUUUUAAGUAUCAUAUUUAAGAAAUUCAUCCAUCUGAUUGAAAUACAGCUUUGCAUAUUUGGUUUCAUUUUUUUUUUGGUAUCUCUUGUAGUGAGUUUUUCUACCCUGAAAGCUGUUUUAAUUUGAAUAGAAAGAAAUUUGACAAAUUCAACUUAUAGAAGGCAGGGUUCAUAUUAUAUUGGUAAAUACGCAUGGUCUAGUUAGUAAGUUAAUAUAACACUGUUCAAUAUUGUUCUUCAAAGGAGAGUUUUCUAGUCUUUAGUCUGGCACACGAACGGUCUUGGUCGCCUGUUUUUGUCACUGUCUAGAGCCUUGUAGAGAGUUUCACCAACCGGAUGCAGGCACACGAGGAGACAAAAACUGUGUUGAUAAUCACGCCCAGAUCAUACAAUUAAAAGGAAAUUGAAUCUGAUUGGAUGAUAAACAAUAUGAAACUGGUUUGAUAAUAUAAAUCCUGUCGGCCACGCGGUAAUCAUGUCUUGGAAGCGUGAAAUUUUACUCAAGAUUCACGUUGGCAUCAGACAUCAGAAUGGUGUCAAUAUAGGCUAUAUGUGUUCCUUAUAUGCAAGGGCUAAGAACUUCUUAUAAUUUUCUUUUAUAACACAGUGUUAUUAAUACCUGCUCGCUUACUGAUGGAAAAAAUUCUUCUCCAAACCCUUGCCUUUCAUUAGAAGAAUUUGUUUUAAGUUUCUGAAUUUCUGCCAUGAAAAUAACAAGUGAACUGUGCACAGUAACAUAAUGUAAAAUAAGAAAAAAACGAAUUGUACAUAUUUUGUGAAAUCUGUAAGUAAAGAUGUUAAUAUAUAUGUAAUUACCACAUUUCCCAUUUCUUUAAAUCUGUUUUAAAUACAGCUCUUCAGAUUUUGUUUCAUUUUUUUCUGUGGGUUACUUUGUUUAUUCUAGAUAUUAUAAUGUCCGAGCUUGAUGCUCGCUGUGCGAACUGUUCAAAUUUUUGAAAGAAGACAUUCAGCUCAAAUAACUCAGAAUUUGUUUCAAAUUAAGCUUUUACUGAACAAAGGAUUUGAUUGGUUGAAACUCAUGAACAUAAUUUCUUUUAAAUGUCUUUAGAUCUUGAAUGAGUGGAAUAACCCACAACAAAUAGAUGGAACAAAAUAUUGAGAGCUGUAUUUUAAUCACAUAUGAUUUCUUUGUUUCCAGCUUUGUCUGUACAUUUUAUUCUAAAGCGUCAGUUUGGUCUGGAACUCUGAUUGGUCAAUCUUCGAAAUACUGCCAUUUCAUUGGUCAAUCUUCAAAAUACUGUCAUUUGAUUGGCUGGAAAUGGAUUGGACAAUUUUUAACUGUUAUUUGAUUGGUCAGCCUAAUUAUUCUAUUUACCAGCUUUUGAAUUUAGUUUGGCUGAAAUAGGCUGAAGUGUAAACAAAUUAUGUAAACAAAUAAUGUACACAAAUUUUGUAAACAAAUGAUGUAAACAAAUUUAAAUGACCCUUGGAAAUUGUAAAAAAUUUCAGUAGUACAAAAGAUUCUUUGGUAUAUUGGAGAACAAUUCAAUACAGGCAAUUCUCUGUAUUUGAAAGUAUGGCAAAACAUACAGGCAUGGCAUGCAUGUCCGUCGUGUAGAGACCUCUUGUGAUUACCGUGUCUAUGGUCCUCCGACUUUCAAAUUCUUUUUCACUUUGCAUAGUGAAAGCAUUGCCUGUGCCCACUCUCUGGAAAACUAUGUGGUCACUGCUCGGCCCCCUCACUUAAUGUUUCCUAGAAACGCCACUGCCUCCAGUUUAUAUUAGAGUUGUCGCAGAUGUACAUGAAUAUAUUUGCCCCACUAGAUUAAAAGUGAUGCUAGUUGUACAGUGUAGAAAAGUUGUUGUGUUUUGUAGGCUUUUGUUAAAAAUAGCACUCAUGGUGAAAAGUUCAUAUAAAAAACAAUUAAUGAUAACUUGUUUCUUUGCUUUGGGCUAUACGUAUGCUAAUUAUGGAAAUCUAUUGAGAUGAGAAAGCUCUUCACAGAAUAAAAAAAAAAUAACAAUAAAGGCUGUUCAAACUUCUGAACUUUUUUCGUUACUGCUCUAUACAGUCAUCUCCAUUGUUAGAUUUGAAUCAUGUAAGGGCAGAAUUAGUGACUCAUAAACUUGAUUAAGUCUAUUUUAGUAUUGCAGUCAUCUGAUUGGUCAUUCACUAAAAUUGAUUUUUAUUAGCCAAUCAGAAUACUGUAGGCCUAAUACUGAUCACCAAACUUAAUUUGAAUUUACUUACCAAUUGGAUAACUGUAUUUCCUAAACUAAACUGAAUUUAGUGUUCUAGUCAUCUGAUUGGUCAAUCAUUAAACUGAAACUCAAAUUUACUUGUAUCAACCAAUCAGAUAACUGUAUUACUAUAAAUGAGAGUAAGAAUUAUGUCUAAGUUAAGUUUUUGUGAAACGAUGCCAAGAGUUGCUGCCCUUGUUUCUAUAAUAGUUAUGGUAUUAAUCCUGUAUGUAUUUAAGUUAAAAUAUAACUAUGUAUAAUGUAUAUUUGAUUUUCGUUCCUUCCACCUAAUAACAAGAUAACUAAGACUUAUUUAAUUUGACUAACUUGAAUUCUUAAGUUUCUGAAAUCUCAAAUCUUUAAUUUUACUGUGAAGAAUUUCUAAUCUUUGAAAUUAGAUUUGAAAAGAAAUUAUUGAGAACUUAACUUAAUAGUUGCAAAAUAUAUUUUCCACUUUAGAGUUGAAAAUCACAAGGGCACAGUGAUGCUAUGUUGAAAGAUGUCAGUUUUAAUUGAUAAGUUGAAUUUGUGUUUAGAUUUGUUAGAUCAGGAAUGAGUUGUUUUUUAACUAUUGGCUAUAGCCUUGUCUGAGUAGAGUUAACGAACUCAUUGAACAGGAGAAAUCUUCUUACAUCUUUCUUGAUAAAUUGAUCUUAUCCUUGUGGACAAUGAUCAAACUGAGCUAAAAGGAUACUACCUCUUACAAUGGACAACAAUUGUAUUUAUUCAUCAGUUGGACCUACUAGGUACCAUGACUAAAGAAUAGAAUCUCUAUAUAACACGAUACAUCCAUUAAACUAAAUGAUAAUUGAAAAACUCUUCUAAGCAUGUUUCAAAAUAACUUAUUACUUAGUUUUAUGGCUUUAUUGGAUUAAAGAGGGAUUCUUUUGUAAAGUCCACUGAUGAACAAAGACUCAUUUUAAUCAAGUUUCAAAAAUUUUGAGUCAUCUUAAGAGGUAGUAUACCUUUAACUGGGGAGUGAGCUAAAACAAUCUUCAUAACUGAUAACGGUCUUAACAGUAUUGAGAUAUCCCUACUGAUCUUGUAUCUAUACUGACAAUGGAUUUUUAACCGCUGAAACAUAUGAUCAAACUAUGGCAACUCGCUGAAUAGGAGUGAAGGGGAAAUAAUAACUAUGUAUUGUAAUAUUGAAUAAAGAUGUACAUAUGAAUUUGAUUAUUAUUUCUGCAUCAUGGCGACAUCAUUCAAAACUUUUCACCGAAACUAUUAUUAUUAUUAUUAUCAUUAUUAUACAAAUUUUAGGAAAAUAAAUAAUAUAUUAAAACU